AAAUCUUUUUCGUAAUAAAAAAAAAAAUUAAAAUGGAAAUUUUUCGGUAUAACGCACUAAAAUAUAAACUCAAUAAUAAAUAAAUAUUUUACUAAAUAUAUAAAAGUGUUUUUUCUUUCAAAUAAUUUUAUUAUAAUAAAAGAAUAAUACAAAAUAAAAACGCGUCUCGAAACGCAACCCAAAAAAAAAAAAAAAUAAAAGUGUGCCCCCAAAAAAAUUUAUAUUUUAUUUUGUGUGUGAUACAACCCCGCAAUGCGAAUGCGAAGAAAUCUCUUCUUCGUCGUCGUCGAUUUACUAGUUUUUUUUUUCUUCCUCCAAUCAUCAUCACAAAAAGAAUCCAAAUAUUAUAAAAAAUAAAUAAAAUUUAUUUUUUACAACUUUUUUCAACACACUCUUGAGUGAGGACAAGAGUGAAAAUGGCUUCUAGCUGGCGAAUAGGCAAAAGGAAGUUUCGUGCCAAAGUUUCGACGGAACCAGAAGACUAUUUUCGUUUGGAUCCACAAAAAUCUCCAGCAGAAAAUGCAUUUGAAAUUUAUGAAUCGUUGUGCAUUAAAGAAACAAGAGACGCUAAACGUUUGUUUCUUCUUAAUGGAUUUGCAACGCUCUUUCAAGAGAAUAAAAUAUCACAAUUGGGUUUUACAACAGAAGAAUUUUUAUAUUGUUUAAGUGUGUCACUUAUACACUCAUUUACACAAGUUAGAGCAGCUGGUCUGCGAGCUAUCCGAUAUGUAUUAUUAACGCCAAAGGACAUUAAAAUAUUUAAUUCGUUGCAAUUGCCGUAUUUGGUUUGCCGGAGUAUUGAUGUACUUUUGAGAAAUGACGACGAACGAGUUCAGGGCCUUAAAUUGGUUCGAAAAAUUCUCGCUAUAUCACCAGAAGAUGUGAGUCCUGUCAUUGUUCGCUGUUUGGUAUCAUUGGCGAAUAAUGGCAUCGAAGAUAGCGACAAUAUGCUAAGGGCUUGCCUUGCGACGCUAUGUGAAUUCGGUGUUUUAAAUCCGACAUUAAUGGUUGUAUGCGGUGGUGUUGGUGCAAUUACCAGAAAUGUAUUGGAAUGUCACAAUCCACGAAUAGCUGAAAGCUUAUGUGGCGUUUUGUUGCAUUUGCUUGAAUGGCCAAAUACAAGAAAUAUUUCUGGUAUUCGAUUAGAUUGUUUGGCGGCACCAUAUUGCGAUUUUACCUAUCGAUUGGGUAUAAUGGAUAAAAAUAAAGAUGCUCGUGAAUUAAGAUACACAAGCAGUCGACUGGCAUUGCUUUCUGUUCUACGCAGUUGGGCUGGAACUUUGGAAUUUUGCAAUCCCAGCAACCCUUCAGGACUAAAAGCUAUAGUUGAUGUUUUGUAUUUAAAUCAAUUAGAAGUUAGGAAAGCAAUUUUGGAUUUGCUAUACGAACUUUUGGGUCUUCCGCAACCCAUUUGGACUGAUGAAUAUUCGGUAGCUCUAUCAGCGGUAGAUCCUUCAGAUUUUCAGGAUACCUGGUUACUAAGCAAUGGAUUUGUUGCAAUGGAAGGACGUUCAAUACUACCUAGUCUUGCAAGUCGUGCCCCCAAUAUAUGUGAACAGCACCUAGCUUUACUAUUAUAUUGCUUCUUGGAAACAGGUUUACUAAAUGCACUUGUCGAAGUUAUAGUAUCAAGUGAUACUUUCAUUUCGGUUCGUGCAACAGUUUUAAUUGGAAAAAUCCUUCAUCUAAUGCAUACUCAUUUACCUGCCGAUAUAUGUAGUACAUAUCCAGCGCUACCAACACUUGUUACACAUGCAACGCAGGGCAACCAUCAAGCCACAGCCUCAAUAUCAGCUCUACAAAACUAUCAUCAAAUGCUGCGUAACCGACCUGUGUCAUGUAGUUUGUUUCUCGAUAGCAUUAUCCAAGGAGGAGCUCUUAUAAAUACACGACUUUUCAAGCGAGACAUUAACAACUAUGAAGUAACUACAACUACCGGAAAUGCUGCUGCACUUGCCGAAGAUAAUUCCGAAAGGCGUCGAUUAGAUUCCGUAUCGUCAAGUAUUAGCGGUGGUGGAACUGGAACUGAUGAAUCUCAUUCACUUCCAACAACUACCAUGAGACGUUCAAGUUUUCGCUUAAAGAAGAAAAAAUUUCGUCAAUUUUUUGAAAAUAUGCGUGAAUUUAAUCGAUUAGCUAAGGAUUCCAAUGUAUUAGUAUUGGCUGAUGGUAAUUCUUGGGAUUGGGAAAUAGUUACAACUAUUUUAAGAACGGAUGCAAUUGGAAAACUUGACGAUAGUAAAACUAGAUUUCUCAAGAGAAUUGUACAUUACUUUAAGCCAAGUAGCAAUCGAUUCUCACAUCAAGACUUAGCGCACGGUAGAACAGUUCCAGCCUAUGUUACAGCCGGUCUCGAUUUAAUUGAUUGGCUUCUAGCUAGCAAUGAGUUGGAAAGCAUGCGGCAGCUAACGGAUUUGUUUUCGGAUAUAAGUCAACACUUGCUAGCAAUAACAACAUCAAAUAGAGCUCAUGACUGCCUCUUUAGCCCUCAGCAUAUGAAUAACACAAUGUGCCAACAGUAUUUUCUUUUUAUUGGACGAAUGUGUCGCCAGGAGAAAGGAAUUAGUAUUUUAACAAAUACUGCAGUUUUUGAACAAUUGACAACUCUGGUUUCGAGUACAGAUCAUGUUUGUUAUGUCAAACUUAUUGUAUCAGGCCUAGACUAUGGACUCGAAUCUUAUACGAGAAAAAUUCUCGAAAAAGCACUGACAUCGGCUAAAACUCGAAGUGGUCGUCUCUAUUCAACGCAAUUUUUGUUAGUAUUGCUUAGAGCUAGGAUACCAAAUUUCGAAGUGUGGGGUAUACCACUUUUAAUUAAUCAGACUAAAGACUCAGAGCGAAGCAUUGUUUUAGCAGCUGUUGAUGCUCUUGAUGAAGCAUGUUAUGAAAAGAAUUAUUUGGAAGAACUUGUUAGCAUUUGGCCAAAUUUUAAGCCACUCGGUGAUGUAGGACGUCUUCUUAUGUCACGUUUUUAUUCAAUUUAUCGUGGACUGAAUCACCGUAAGGCGAAAAUCAAAGAAGAAGUUGAAUUUUGGAAGAAUGGUUACAAUAAAAGAUAUGUUCUUCUGGUUGAAGCUGAUACGCAUUCCAGUUUAACAUUACACAUCAAAAACGAAGAUGGCUAUUAUAGUCGAAGGAAUUGCUCAACUAGACCCAUUGUUAUUCCACCUUAUAUUCAACCGCAUUUAUAUGGACAACUGGCACAGACUAGUCAGGGUAUAGUGGCAUUGCAAAAUUUUGCUGAUUUACCGGGAUUAGUGGAUUGUUUAAACAAAGCAAAAAUGAAUGACGAAAAUGAUUGUCUUGAAUUGAAAUCAGCAUUAUGGGCAUUGGGGCAUGUUUCGACACAUUCAAAUGGUAUUGAAUUGUUUUUAGAGUCUUUCCCAAGAAUAUAUGAAAAAAUUAUAUACUUGGCAACGAAAGCAGAAGUUUAUUCAAUUCGAGCGACAGCGUUUAGUGUACUUGGAUUAAUAGGAUGUACAACAGCUGGAGCUAAUUGUUUAUUUAAAUUAAAUUGGCUGUGUGUUCGACACGAUCGAAAUACAAUAUGGCCUGUUUAUCAACCUGAAGACUGGAUAUCAAAUAAUUUUACACCUGUACGGCAUCCCUGCGAAGAUGUUCCUUCAUAUAAUUAUCCAAGUUUAGAUGAUCAAAUUGAAGGAUCAUAUUACACAAGAAGUGAUUGGAAUUUAUUAUUAGCUGAUGAUACAACAACAACAGGUGAAAGUAAAGGUGAUAGUAAAGAUGAGAUUGUAGGAAGCGUUACACAAUCAAAAACAAUGAUCGAACCAACAUUCACUCGUCCUGGCAAACACACUCGAUCAUUAUCUGAAUCGAAGACAACUGAUGUUAUAAGUUUAAUAGCUGGUACACAUUUACAUCAUCAUAGGAUACGUCGUAAUUCAUGUACUGACUCGAAUACAUCUGGUGUAAGCAGUUGUGAAUCGGUACCAGCUCGAACUACUGUUGGAGAUUUCCAACAAAUCCAAUUAAGUCCGAUUCCUUCAAUGUCUAACCUCGCUGAUAUCCCGUCCAGACUAACUCUUCCUCUUCGACGAACGUCAAUUAUUGGCACAUCAUAUUUACAAACACCCAUAAGCCAUUUGGAUUUUGAGGGUUAUGCAAAAUUAAGAACCCUCCGACGGCAUUGUCGACCAGUUCUAUCCGAAUCGGCAGCCGAUGAAAUUGCCGAAAUAAUAGAUCGCAAUGAAAUUUAUGCAACAUUUCGUCAAAGAAAAUCUUCAAUUAGUGAUUUGCAUCGUAAGAUUAAAGUUAGAAGUUUGGACCGUCAUACUUCGCUUAAUGUUUAUUCACAAUUCACUGUUGAAGAUCUUCAAGUUCCUUUACCAACAUUGGCAGCACCAAAGUUCCUCUUACAAAAUGACUCAAAAGGCCCUUGUUACUCAGGAAUUUGCCUUCCAAAACACAUUCUUGAUCUUUUUCCAACGCGUAACAUGACUACCACAUACGUUUCGCGUGACAUACAAGAUCAAGAUUUAGUAGAUGCCAAUUUAAUGGGAGUUAAACAGCAAUUUUUCAAUGACUCCAUCAACGAGUGUGACCAAAGUUCUGUAAUAAGCAAUUUCUCCGACGUUUCCUCAGUGAGUAAACGUUCAAAAUGGAUUGGCAAACAUAAUCGCAGUAAUUGCUUACGUUGCUCCCGUACGAACAACAAUAAGCCAAAUAAAUGCAGUGAUAACUGCUUAUUUAAUAAGAAGCUUAAAUCCUAUCCAAGCUCAUCGAUUCAACUCUCUGAAGUAUCAUUUAACUCACCUGAAAGCAUUCACAGUGAAGAUAGUAUGCCAGAUCAUCUUACAACAGUGAUUUUAUAUAAUGUCUUGCGAUUAGCUAAUCCAGUGAGUAGUAAGCAAUCGAAAUUUGCUCUACUCGAACUGAAACAAAAACAACCAGAAUCCUUUCAGGAUAUUUGUCUGUAUUCUGAAGUUUGUAAAUUCCUAGGACGUAGUACUUAUCGCAUGAAUGCUAGACGCUUCUUGCAAGAGCUCUUUUUAGACUUGAAUUUUGAAAGUUUUAACGUUGAGCCAAGUGAUAUUAUAGCUCGAAAGUUGAAAGAAUCACCUCCGAAGCCAUUAAGGCAAAUAACUGAACCUGGUGAAGAAAUAUCCUCCUCCUCCCAACCAUCAUCUCUGAAUGAUACUAACAACACUACCCCACCACAACAACAACAACAAUCGUCUCCGAGUGUAACACCAACUGCUCAGACACCACCUGUGAUUCCAACAAAUUCCGGCGGCGGCGGCGGCUGGUUUCCAUCCUACAAGCCAAACAUAAAAUCCCCACCCCUUGAAAGUGUCUAUGAGACCAGCUGUGAGAAUUUAAUUGAAUCACUUAGCUCAAAAUUAUCGCCGUCAGAAAAUCAAACAACAACAACAAAUUCAUCCUCAACAACCAUCACAUCAUCAAUAAACCCUUCCAAUAGCCGAAAUACUACUACGAUAAACACCACACCGUUACCGUUAAAUAACGAUCAUGCCGCAAACAGUAAAACUAAUAAUAUUUAUGAAUCUAGUUUAAUAAGUCCGAAAACUGCUGUUUUAAAAAAUGAUUUUUUAAACAGUUCAACAACAAUAACAACAACAACAAAUAACACUGCCAGCAAUAAUAAAACAAUUGAUAACAAUUGCAGCUGUAUCCUAACCAAACAGCCUGCAGUUGUUAUUGAAAAUGAAAAUAAAAAAUUCACCAGAGGUCGCUUUUAUACCCUCGAAUUGGAUUUGAGUUGUACAAAAAAUAAGUUUCCUAUUACUGAUCGAAGAAAAAAAGAGGCUCCUCACUCGACCACACCGACACCGACAUCGACAUGUCCAACAAUAAUGACAACGACGACGACGACAGGUGAUCCUUCAUCACAAAUAACUGCAAUUGUGAUUGGCCAAAAUCAGAGUCAAAGUCAACCAUCGUCAACAGCGUCGACACCUAUUACAAGCUCGAACACGACCAAUAACCCCCCCAACCCCACGACGACUGCGGCUGUAAGCUAUAUCGGUCAAUUAACUUUUACAAAAAGUCUGGCCGCUUCACUGUCCAAGCCAAUUGGCAGUCUGUAUUGUGAAAAGCGGAUACAAUCUUCCAAAUCUGAAGCUGUCCUAUCAAAGGCUAAGCAAACUUAACUUAAAGUUAUUUUAAUAAUAAUAAAGUCCAUUUGAAUA